GCCUCACUCGGCGCUUGUCUUUUUGCGCUUGGACCACUGGCAUCCGUGGAUAUAACGCAUCAUUUCAGGUAGCUGCAAUAAGUGCUGCGCUCUGCCAGAGCGAGGGAACAUCAAUCGCGCCGUCUUGAGAGCUUUGCUAGCUUUGCUCUCAGACAGCUUCACAGCAGCAGCCGCCAUCGACGCGAGGCAAAGAGAUAAUGGCCGCGCACCAGCUGACGACAGCCCGCGCCCCGCCCGAGCCCGAGUUCGUGCUCCGCGGCCACUCGCACGCCGUCACGGCGCUGCGCUUCCUCGACGAGCACAGACUGGUCUCGGGCGACGUGGGCGGGCAUUGCUUGCUCUGGAACCUCGCGACGCGGCGCCCCGUCCAAAACUGGGCCGCGGCGCCGCUCGGCGUCCUCGAGGUGCACGACCACGCCGGCGGCUUAUUAACGCAGACGCGCGACGGGAGAAUACGGCUCUGGGACCUGGAGAAUUUAGCAGAGCCGACGACGACGCUCGCGACGAACUCCUUUUUCUUCGCGCGCUGCGCGACCGUCGGACAUAGUGAAGACUACGCGGCGCCUCCUAUCAUAUCGACGUCGCAACCAAGGCCGCCACGCACAAAGGCGGAGAGCGGCAUUGGUGCCCAACUAGCCUCCGACGACGACGAGGAGGAGGAAACGCCACCACCAGCAAAGCGCUGGUGCGAUCACGAAGGCCACGCGCGGCAUUUGGUGCUCGCGCCGACGGAGCCGCCCGAGGCUACGCUGCUCUGGGACACGCGCCAAUCACAACCCGCGUUGAAGCUCGCGCCCGACGCCGGCGACCGGACGUUGGUACGGAAGGGCGACGCCUCCGUGCUGGGCAACGCGAUGGCGAUGCGGCUCUGGCUCCCGCAAACGCAACCGUCCUCAAAACCGCCAUUAGCAUUGGUGGGCCACGAGAACGGACGUAUAUUGGCCUGGGACCUGGCCAUGCCCGUGCCCCAAAUCUGCGCGAAGACGCCUCAAAAUGCUUUCAAGUCGCCGAACGUCGCGCUCGAUAUUAAUGAAGAAGGCACGCUGCUCUUCGCGGGCGGCGUCGAAUCAAAAGCGCAGGCGUUUCGCGUCGAGCCCGGGUUGCUGAAGCCCCACGGGUCCCUCGACGUGACUUGUGGAGCUGUGAACGAACUCGACCAGCACCCGGGCGUCGGCCAGCUUGCAUUGAGGGGGGACGGAAAGGUAAUAGCGAGCGCGGGCUGGGACUACCGCGUGCGGCUCUUCUCGGCCAAGUCUUUGAAACGCCUGGCGGUCCUGCGCUACCACGACGCGUCCGUGAACGCGCUCGACUGGUCCAGUGAUUUACUGGCGACGGGCUCCAAGGACACGAAGGUCGCGGUCUGGCGGCUGUCGUUUUGACUUUUGUUUGUUUUUGUUUUCGUGCGUGUCGGCGGCGGCGGCGCGCUCCCGGGCUCUCUCGCGUGGUCGAGGAGCCUUGUGUUUAAGAUUGUCACAUUAA